AUGAUUCCUUCUAUUCCUCGCCUCGAAGACUAUGAUGUCUCGGAAAAUUAUGGCUUCCUUCCUUCAGAGUACCCGCUCGAGGUGCUUCCUGAUACUUACUAUAGACCGUGGGAGGCCAUUGUCAGGAACCUCCAAGGUUUGAUUCUAGGCAAGAGACUGCGUGGUCUUGUCGACAGCCUCCCAGUCCUGUCCACUGAAUAUCUUCGCUCAGAUGCUGAGUGGCGCCGCGCAUACAUGAUUCUCGGCUUUAUUUCGCACGCAUACAUCUGGAACGGAGACCGACCACAGGAGCGAGUUCCUCCUAGCAUCUCAAUCCCCUUCACAGCUGCCUGCAAGCAUCUAGAGUUGCCCACUGUUGCCACUUACGCUGGAGUCGUGCUAUGGAACUACCGACCACUAUUUGACGAUGAAGGAAUCGGCUCUUUGGACAAUCUGUCUACUCUCAUGACUUUCACUGGCUCGCUGGACGAGUCGUGGUUCUACCUCGUUUCAGUGGCCAUCGAAGCUCGCGGCGCCCCCAUAAUACCCCUAAUGCUGCAUGCUAUCGAGGCCGCUCGUCGAGGCGACAAGUUGAGAGUAACCGAAUGUCUGCGCUCCUUCGCCGAGCGUCUUGAUGAGCUUUCGUCGAUGCUGGUCCGCAUGUACGAGAACUGCGACCCACACGUCUUCUACCACCGCAUCCGACCCUUCUUGGCUGGAAGCAAGAAUAUGCACGAAGCUGGUCUGUUGAACGGCGUCAUCUUCGAUACUGGCAGCAAAGACGACACCUACGUGCAAUACAGCGGCGGCAGCAAUGCUCAGUCCUCAAUCAUCCAAUUCUUCGACCUGAUCCUCGGAGUCGAGCACCGUCCCACUGGCAGCAAACCCUCUGACACACCAGUCGCAUCCAUCCAACAAGGACCGUCUGCAAACUUCAUCCACGACAUGCGCACAUACAUGCCCGGCCCCCACGCCCGCUUCCUCGAACACGUGGGCACCGUGUCCAACAUUCGCUCCUUCGUCACCACGAACCGACACGAUCGUGCUCUGGCCGGCGCCUUUGAUGCUUGUCUAGCCAUGCUGCGCAACUUCCGCGACAAGCACAUCCAAAUGGUAUCACGCUACAUCAUUGUGCCCUCGCGCGAGUCCCGCAAUAGCAAUGCCCGCAGUAUUUCUCCUUCACAGCGCAAAGACUCUGCAUCACCCCAACAGCUGAAUAUCGCAGCUGCGAGUUCGGCGGACAAAGACAAGAAGAAUCUCAGGGGUACGGGAGGUACGGCGUUGAUUCCUUUCCUCAAGCAAUGCAGGGACGAGACUGGAGAGCCAGCUAUCGAUGCUUGGGCGAGGAGGUUGCUGAACAAUGGACCUGGUGCUGCUGAGCUGGGUGGUGCAAGGAUGGGAAAGAUUGGAGAGCAUGCUUCUGGCGAGACUGCCGUUGUUGGGUUGGCUGGUGUGUGGAGCGUGGAUGACUCUGAUGGUGGUAUAUGCCAUUGGUGA